AUGUCUCUAAAGCAAGUUGUACGAUCUCAAACUUUUUUACUGAUGUUAAGGUUGUUUGUUGUUCGGACUGGUUCUCGUAUUCCCAUUUCUAAAAGUCGACAAUUUUCCUCUUCAUUUGCACAAUUGAUCCUAUCUCAACCGUCACGCGAAUCUCUUCGCAUCCCUUCCUUCUCGGCACGAAUUAAGGAGGAUAAUGCCUUGCCUCCAGAACCUCUCACCUUUCAAGGUCGAGAGUUGCCAGAUUUUCUGAUAAAAAUCAAUUCGCCUGUUGGGAAAGAAUUAUUCAAGGAAUCUUUAAACCAAGGUUACGCGGAAGGUUAUUUCAACCUUUCCAGUUGUUUCUCCCAUCAGAUGGAACCUUCGUAUUGCGGAUUAAGCUCUUUAUCGUUAGUUCUUAAUGCAUUACAGGUCAAAGGCGCACCGGUAUGGAAAGGUCCUUGGCGGUGGUGGUCCGACGAACUUGUAAGUUGCUGUUCUCCCAUUGAAGAGGUUAAGAAAAACGGUACCACCUUUUCUCAAUUCGCGUGCUUAGCGAAAUGUCAUUGUGACGUUAUUGUUAAACGCGCUGAUCAUAUAACAAAAGAGGAGUUCAUUGAAGAUCUGAAGAAAGUUUGCUCUAGCUCGGACACCUUUAUGGUAAUCUCGUUCUCGAGGCAGUCAUUGCAGCAAACCGGAGAUGGUCAUUUCUCUCCUAUCGGAGCAUACAAUAUCGAGAGGAAUAUGGCGCUUGUGCUUGACGUCGCGAGGUUCAAGUAUCCACCGUAUUUUGCAUCAGUCGACUUGUUGUUCGACGCAAUGCAACCCCUGGACAAAGUAACAAAUCUACCUCGUGGCUACUUCAUCUUAUCAUCCAGUCCCCGCCGCCAAGCAAUCCGCCUGUGUGAGCUCUCACGUGAAGAAAACGGAGACAAUGUGAUGGUCAAUUGGACGACACUGGGCAAAACUUUUUGUCAAGAAAUUCCAAGUCAAUUUCAAACAAAACGUCCCAAAACUCUAGAGGAAGUGGCAAGGAUUGUUUUAGAAAACCCAUCCUUGCAAUCACUCAGACGUUACAUGUUAACUGAUACCGACAACCUUUCGGCUGAGAACGAUUAUCUUGGCACCCUUCUAAAUAACAUCUCAAAAUCACCAUUAUAUACGAUAGUUCGUUCCAUCCACCAUCAAUCCAUUCAAUCCGAAGAACCGGAGAUGCCUCUUGUCGAUCAUACAAUCGCAUUUGCCACGCUAUUCCUGCUUUCCUCACCGUCAUUGAUGUUUUCGUUUCUUGAACCAGAAUUAGCGAAAAAAUUAGA